AUGAAGAGCUCUUCGAUUGCGGUGCAGCACGUGGAGGAGGCCAAGCUCAUCUAUGAGAAGCUCCAGGUCGAAAUCGAGGACUUCGAACGCGAACGGUUCGAAGAUGUCGGUUUCCUCACCUCCAUGAUGCUCGUCAUCUUGGGCAACUAUGCCCAGACUGGUCACUUCGGCGGCCCUCUGUCCUACACGCCUGCUAAUGUCGCGCUCCAUCUUGCCGGACCCAAAAACGGUGGCAUCUCGUACGACAUUCGUCAUCCCAAGCAUCCCUUGGCCGACAAGUUCAUGCUUACGGGUGGCCACUGCAUCCCCACCUGCUAUGCUCUCUGGAUGGUUCUCUACGAAGCCAUGCAGCAGGAGUUCGAGGCCACCAAGGACGAGCGCUACCAGUGCCCUCCCGACGAGGCCAUCUUCGCCAUUGACGCCCUCGGCUUCAGGCGCAGCCCCGGCGCUCUGGAGACCCUCCUCAAGGAGCACGGCCUCGAGGACCACGAGCUCUUCCAGCAGGCCAAGCUGCGCGGCAUCCGCGCCCUUAUGGGCCACUCGGAGACCACCGACGUCACCAACGAUGUCAACGGCGGUCCUUCUGGCGUGGGUAUGGCCACUUCGGCUGGCAAGGCCAUGUUCUGGGAUUUCGUGGGUGCCCCCGAGAACCAGGGUCCCAAGGUGGUGGCGUUCGAGGGCGAGUUCGCCUUCACCGAGGGCCACGCCCAGGAGCUCAAGACCAUUGCCCUGGCGCAGCAGGUGGGCAAGCGCCUGCGUCUCUUCUUCUCGUACAACAACGCCGGUAUCGACGACGCCCUCAUCGGCGGCGUGAUCCCCGAGAAGUACGGCGAGCAGUACGAUAUCGCCAACCAGUUCCAGUCCUACGGCUGGAACGUCUUCACACUCGCCGACGGUGCCUCGUAUGAAGACCUGAUCGCCGUGUUCAAGAAGAUGGAGGACUGGCCCGCUGAUGAUCGCCGCCCGAUGGUGGUGGUCGCGCACACGGUCAAGGGUUGGUGGCCCGGUGCGGCCGAGGGCCAGGUGGAGGGCACCAAGCAGGUCAUCGGCUACCCCUCGCACCCCUACGCCUUUGGCAUGAACUCGGAGUACUUCAGGGCGCUCGCGGGCUCGUUCGAGCGUCGCUAUGGCGUCAAGUUCCAGGGCAUCCACGACGGUGCGCCCAAGAGCGAGCGCGACCGUCUGAUCCAGUUCAAGACCAACGUCGACAUCGCCAUGUCCGUCCUUAAGCAGAAGGGUCUGGGCAAGUGGAUCGCCGACAGGCUGCUCAACAUCGCCGCCACCCUGCCUCAGAACCUCAAGCUGACCAUUCCCGACGACAUCGAUCCCUUCACCGAUGAGCGCCUCAGGGUCGAGAACCUGCCCAAGGACACCGUCAACCUGACCGUCAAGCACCCCUUCACGGGCAAGGACUCGAACAUCUCCGUUUCGCUUUUCUCCAAGCCCGGCCAGAAGAAGGGAACCAGGCGUGCCAUCUCGGAGGUGGGCAAGUGGAUCAACUACGUGACCAACAACCGUUUCCUCACCAUCUCGGCCGAUCUCUCCAACUCCAUCAACGUCGAGGCGUGCAGCUUGACGGGCCACUACGACCCCAUCACCAACCCGUGCGGCACCAGGCUCAAGGCCGGCAUCCAGGAAUGCGCCAACGCCGCCACCAUGUGCGGUCUCGUCUCGCAGACCGUGUCCAAGGACAAGAACGUGCACGCCGGAGUGUGGGGCCUGAGCGGUACCUAUGGUGCCUUCACGCCUUUCUUCUACCUGCCCGUGCGCAUCUUCUCGCAGCAGAACCAGGACUCGCCCUUCAAGCUCGGCGUGCUCACCAUCGUCGCCGGCCACUCGGGUCCCGAGACUGCCGCCGAUGCGCGCAGCCACUUUGGCAUCUUCGCGCCGCAGGUGUGGACGCUGUUCCCCGAGGGUCAGAUCGUGAACCUCUACCUGUGGGACUACAACGACGUCGCGCCGGCCUAUUUCGCCGCCGCGCAGCUGGCCAUCGCCAAGAAGGAGUGCUCGGUGAUCGUCGUCCACGUCGCCCGGCCCGACAUCCCCGUCGCGGACCGCUCGACCUUUGCCGACACCGACCUGACCGCCGCGGCCAAGGGCGCCUACCUCAUCCGCGACUACGACGACAAGAACCCGCCGUCGGGCACCGUGGUGGUCCAGGGCGCGAGCUCGACCGUCAACCUGCUCUCGAUCGUGCCCCGCCUCGAGGCCGAGGGCAUCAACAUCCGCAUCGUCGCCGUCAUCUCCGAGGAGCUCUUCCGCGCCCAGCCCGUCGACUACCAGGAGAAGGUGAUGCCGCUGUCGGCGAGGAUGGACUGCAUGGUGCUGACCACCAUGACCAAGCGCAUCUUCCCGCUUUCCGGCCUCGGCCCGCUGACCAAGGAGUACACCCUCAGCUCCGACUACGACGACCGCUGGCGCACCGGUGGCCUCGAGGACGAUGUGAUCGAGGAGGCCCACAUGGACGGCGAGCACAUCUUCGAGGCCGUCAAGCGCUUCGCCACCGACAGGAAGUCGCGCUUGGCCCGCCUCCGCGACGCCCUCGGCGCCCUCUAA